UGCAUGACACGGUUCCAGUAAUAUGUUCGUCGUGUUCUCACAGAUUGCAACUUCAAAACAAUUUUGAAAUACGAUUAACAAAUUUAUAAAUUAUAUUAUCGAAUAUUUAACGCGAACAUAAUAUGAAAAGAAAAACCCAUAAAAAUAGAAUAAAGAUUACAAAUGUGUUUCCCCCUUGUUUUAAUUAGAAUCAAGUAGAAGAACGUUGAUUGGUAGUUGAGAAGCGCUGUUAGGUAAAAAAAAAUGACGUGUACCGAUCGGAAAGGUUCGACAAUGUUCGACAAUGUUCGGAUUUUAUAGAGGGUGCUCGUGAAUAAGUGAAGGGGAGAGAAUCGUCGUCGUCGUCGUUGUUCGACGAGACACACAGCAUGCACAACGACGACAGACAGCACCAUCGUGCGAAAGUAGAAGGGUCGGCGGGUGGUUAAAGCAGAAAAGAGAGGGAUAAUAAUCCGCGAGGAAGCUUUAUAAGAGAGAUAGAAAUCUAGAAAAAGGGAGGAAGGAAGAACGUGUGAAAAAAGAUAAACGUAAAGAUUCGGGAGGUGUGUUAAACCGAAAACGCUUAAGAAGUGUGCGCGGUGUGUUUCUCUCAUUUGAGAGAGAACAAGAAAAAAAGAGAAAGAGAAAGAGAAAGAGAAGGAAGGGGAGGGAGAGAGGUAAAAGUGCGUUCCUAUCCCGUAUGUGUCUUCUUCUUAUUCGGUGCGUCGCCGUCGGCCAUUGUCUCUGACAUGGAAGCCUAUCAAAAUGGCAGAGAUCGUGCAGAUGUUUUUGUUUCUUUAUAAAUCGAAAUAUCGUCGGAAACGUCGUAGGCAACAACCCUCUGAAAAACUAAAAUUGACUGAACGUUUUAAAGAGUGCGGUGUUGGGAUCACGGUGCCAUGCUUGCCUCUACUUUGGUGGGCGGUGUUGCUCUCCUGUUGGUUCUUACACCUUUCGGCUGCCUCAUCCUCCUCAUCUACGACGACGACAACGGAAUCAAGUUGCGAUACAGAAAACUGCAUCAACGGGGAUUGUGUCAAUGGUACUUGCUUGUGUCGCGAGGGAUGGCAGGGUCCUGCUUGCCAAUUUUGCGGUGGCAAAGUCAAAUUGACGGAACCAAGUGGAAGCAUUCACGAUGGUAUUGGGAAUUACACGGCAGACGUGAGGUGUUCUUGGUUGAUCGAGAGCAGUCCAAAUUCCACGAUACGCAUGCACGUGGAACUUUUUGCAACGGAAUGCGGUUGGGAUCACCUGUACAUUUACGACGGUGACAGUGUCGAGGCACCUUUACUUGCAAUAUUCAGUGGUCUCAUGCACAAAGACGGUUAUCAUAUACGCCGUGUGCCCGAAGUAAUAGCACGAUCUGGUAGCGCCUUGUUACACUUUUAUUCGGAUGUUGCCUAUAAUAUGAGUGGAUUUAAUAUCACAUACAAGAUUAAUGCAUGCCCGACUAGGUAUUCCUAUGCUGAUUGUUCUGAUCACGGUGAAUGUGUAGAGGGUACGUGUGUAUGCAAGGACCCAUGGACUGGAAAAGCAUGCGACGUACCAAUUUGUCCAAAUAAUUGUUUCUAUCAUCGUGAUCACGGCGAAUGCAAUCACUUAAAACGUCGUUGUGAAUGUAAACAUGAUUAUAAAGGAAUGGACUGCAAUCAAAAGGGAGAACAUGGAUUUUGGGAGAGCAUUACUUACAAGGACUUUUCACCAGAAGGUUCAGCCAGUCACUGUUCUAUCGUUUGGAAAGAUUCACUUUACGUGGUUGGCGGUGAAAGUUUUCAUCGUGCCAAGAUGAUUUACGUUUACGAUUACAAUGGUAAUGUUUGGGAAACUCCUCACGUAGAGGGUAAGCUACCUGCACCUCGAUAUGCACACUCAUGCGUAUUAUUUGGAGACAAGAUAUUUAUGUAUGGCGGUGUUGUGCAAAAUUCUACCGUAACCAACGAGAUCUGGGCAUUCGACGUGUCAGCUAAAGUUUGGGAAAAUGUUACCGUUCACGAUCAUUGUCGGAAUAAAACAAUGUGCGGACCGUUAAAGGUAGCCGGGCAUACAGCGACACUCGUUCAAACUUAUGGGGAAAAAGAGAAAAUGGUUGUGAUAUUUGGAUAUUCACCACAGUAUGGUUACUUGAAUACCGUCCAGGAAUAUUACUUGGGAACUCGGGAAUGGCAAAUUGUUGAGACAAUAGGUUUCCCCGUAAAAGGGGGAUACGGUCAUAGUUCAUCUUACGAUCCUUUGACACAUUUAAUAUAUGUCUAUGGUGGCUACGUGUCCGAGUCACAAAGUACUCAGGUUUUGACCAAUAGACUUUACUCCUAUCAUCCAAAAUACCGAGAAUGGAGGUUGUUAACAGCCGCACCAUCAGCAAGAUUCUUUCACACCGGUAUCUUUAUUUCUGCCGGUUUAAUGCUCGUAUUUGGUGGGAAUAUGCAUAACGAUACUCAGCACUCGCACGGGGCUAGGUGUUAUUCCGCAGAUACCAUCGCUUACGAUGUUACGUGUGACACGUGGCAACAUUAUUUUAUACCAAGGGAAAUGACCGACCUGCCGAGAUAUGGGCAUAGUGCAACAGUUUUCGAAGAUUCUAUGUAUAUUUAUGGUGGAUUCGACGGUCAAAUGUUAUCCGACAUGUUGAGGUAUACACGGGGACACUGUGAAUUCUUAAAAAAACAAAAUGAUUGUUUGAACGCGAGGAUAGGUGUAAAGUGUGUGUGGGACAAACAUAGCGGUUUGUGUAUUGCAAUAACGAAAAUACCGCGGCAUGCGUUACUCGAAGACGAUAUGCAUGAUGGAAAAUACAUGAAAUGUUUGGACGACUUGCCACCACGAGGAUUGACUUCGCAUAAAGAAUUGUGCAAGCUAUUAACCGACUGCGUUGCUUGCGUGCAAACGUCGUACAAUUGUGUUUGGUGUGGUAAAAGUUGUUCAUACGAAAUAUGUCGUGAUAACGCUAAUUCACCGGCAACCGAGGUUAUCAAGGAUUUAGAAAAAUGCGAUGCGCAUACUGGAAUCGAGUGUUUGCAAUUGCAUACGUGUCACGCAUGUUCGAGCAAUCCGCGUUGCAUUUGGUCUUGGUCAAAUGGUCCAGACCGUUGCAAGCCGCAAUCUAAAACACGCGAGAUAAUCAAUUUAAAUGGUACCAUUCAAGCUCAACGUUUAACAAUGGAAACUUGUCGAAGUCCGUGCGCGGAAUAUACUUCCUGUAGGAAUUGUACAGAAUCAGAUUGUAUUUGGUGUCAGAAUGAAGCUAAGUGUGUCGAUAAAAAUGCAUAUCCCGCUAGUUUUCCUUAUGGUCAAUGUCGUGCAUGGACAACGAUCGAGGCAAGGUGUCGUGCUACUGGAAAUGGAAAGGAAUGGUGUAGCUUUUAUCUAUCUUGUUCGGCGUGUAGAUCGGAUCCUGGUUGUGGAUGGUGUGACGAUGGAUCUGGUACAGGAAAAGGACAUUGUUUGCCUGGUGGUGCUCGUGGUCCAAGCAGUAGGAGUUUAGAAACGUGUUCGCUUGAUCAUUGGUACUUUACCACGUGUCCCACUUGUCAAUGCAAUGGUCAUAGUAAGUGUCUUCCAAAUAGCAGCGUUUGUAUUCAACCGUGUGGAAAUUUAACUUCUGGACAGAAUUGUGAUAAAUGUAUUCCUGGCUAUUAUGGAAGUCCUUUGAACGGAGCAACGUGUCAACCAUGCUCUUGCAAUAAUCAAGGGACCCAGUGUUCCAGCGAGACUGGCAAAUGUUUUUGCACAACUAAAGGCAUCGUUGGGGAUCAUUGCGAACGAUGCGAUGUAACAGGUCUUUAUUAUGGUGAUCCUGCGAACAAAGGAUCUUGUUUCUACGACUUGGUUAUCGAUUAUCAAUUUACCUUUAAUUUAAGUAAAAAAGAAGAUCGUCAUUACAGAGCGAUCAAUUUUAAAAAUUCACCACCUAAAGCUGAUAUCGAUGCCGAAUUUUCUAUAACUUGUUCAGUUCUCGCUAAAAUGAACGUUACUAUUAAAAGACCAAACAGUUUAGAGAAGCCAUUACUUUUGGGUGCCAAUUGUACGACAAGCAUGUAUAAGCAUCGCUUUAGCAAAGCUGACUACAAUUUUGGUAGCGAGGAGAACAAUACUUUAACGACGUUUUAUGUAUACGUUUAUGACUUUCAGCCACCAUUGUGGAUUCAGAUUUCAUUUUCUCAAUAUUCUAAAUUAAAUCUGCAACAAUUCUUCAUAACUUUUUGCACAGAUUAUAUGCCACCACACAGGUGUUUCCUUGCCCUCCUUCUAGUAGCAGCGAUUUUAUGGAAGAUCAAACAAAAAUAUGAUAUGUAUAGAAGAAGACAAAGACUUUUCGUAGAGAUGCAACAAAUGGCCAACAGGGCGUUCAGUCAAGUACUCGUAGAAAUCGAGAGGCGAGAUGUCGUUGACAACGAUGCUGACAGAUGUGACAGCGAAUAUAAUAAUAGUCGAAAAAAGAAAAAGGAUGCACCUAGUCCAAUCGCCCUAGAGCCCUGUUGUGGUAACAGAGCAGCGGUUUUAUCCUUGCUAGUCAGAUUGCCUACCGGUGGUGAACCGUUUACACCAGCUGGACAAAGUGCUGGCUUAGCGGUAGCCUCAGCCUUAGUCACAUUGGGUAGUCCUCGAAGACCUUCCCAAGAAUUAACUACGAAGGAACCGAAGAAAACAAGAAAAUCGGCAAGCCAACAUCCUGAAUCAACUUGUAUUUAGCGGUAAACCGAAGAAAGUAGACAAAAUGCAAUGUUUGCAACGCGACUACGAGCCUUAGAAUCGUUUCUGUGAUCUUGCCUGUAUUCAUUGGCAGGACAAUCGAUUAAUCUUAUUAAUUGUGACAUAGUGCAAAUGUCAAUGCCACACACACACACGAUCUAUAAUCCAUUAAUAGUAGUUGUGUGUCACAUGAUGAAUUUUGUAUAUUAUCAAAGUUCAUUUUGUCGUUUAAUGAAGAUAAUCGAAAAACGUUGUUAAAAACCUUUGCUACGAGAAAAAUGACCGAGAAGAGAGAUCGUUUUAAUCAAGAAAAGAAAUUCAUUUUUGUAUUAUUGUCUCUAAAAAGAAUUUGUCGGUAAGUAAUAUUCAUUUUGAAAAAUCCGUAUAUAAAUAUUCCAUGCGGGAUCGGUUUACCAAACAAGAGACAGAGUUUCUUCUAGAAUAAUUCUUCUUAAAUUGUUGUUUCUCGAAUUUUUUAUUAUUUACUUAGCGAUUUAAACAAGUAUUAUCCGCGUUAAAAAGUUAUUUGGUUUUAAAUAACGCGUGUGCAUACUCGUUUAUUCGCUAUAGUCCCAAUCAACGAUGUAUAAUCUUGUAUAUAUAGUAUUGUUAAAUAACAUUCGUUUGCUUUUAUCGUGAAAGAUACAAUAUGAUUGAUAACGUGUUUAUUUU